UGGUCAAAAUCCAAGAUGGCUGCUCACAUGUCAAGAUUAAGGGGCUGGAGCCGAGCGCAGAGGUAUGGCAUCGCGGUAUGUAGGCAGUACAGCAGCGGCAGCGCGUAUCCCAAUGUGUCCCUGUCCACACCGUUACCCGGGAUUCCCAAACCUGUCUUUGCCUCCGUGGACGGCCACGAGAAACACGAGACUAAAAUCACCACCUUAGAAAACGGACUCAAAGUUGCAUCUCAGAAUAAAUUUGGUCAAUUCUGUACAGUUGGAAUUUUAGUAAACUCAGGCUCGCGUCAUGAAGCAAAAUAUCCCAGUGGAAUUGCACACUUUUUGGAAAAGCUUUCCUUUUCUUCUACAGCCCAGUUUGGAAGUAAAGAUGAAAUUCUCCUAACACUUGAGAAACAUGGAGGCAUAUGUGACUGCCAAACAUCCAGGGACACAACAAUGUAUGCGGUUUCAGCGGAAGUUAAGGGUCUGGAUACUGUAGUGAACCUCCUGUCAGAUGCGGUUCUACAGCCUCGUUUAUUAGAUGAGGAGAUUGAGAUGACCAGAAUGGCUGUUCGGUUUGAGUUGGAGGAUCUGAAAAUGAGACCUGACCCGGAGCCUUUACUAACAGAAAUGAUUCAUGCUGCUGCGUACAGGGGCAACACCGUGGGCCUGCCUCGCUUCUGCCCUCCCGAAAAUGUAGAGAAAAUUGACAGGAAGUUGCUUCAUAAGUACCUACAGAGCUAUUACUGUCCGGAGCGCAUGGUGCUGGCCGGGGUUGGGAUUGAACAUGAGCAGCUUGUGGAGUGUGCCAGAAAGUAUCUCCUAAAUGUUAAACCAGUAUGGGGUGCGAGCACACCUGCCAACAUCGACCAGUCUGUAGCACAAUACACGGGUGGCAUUGUUAAGAUGGAGAAGGACAUGUCAGAUGUGAGUUUGGGUCCAACACCCAUUCCUGAACUAACACACAUCAUGAUUGGACUGGAGAGCUGUUCCUUUUUG